AGGAGAAAAACAAACAUGGCGGCGUAGUGAAAGCAACAUUUUAGAUAGUCAGCGCUGCCUCCAUCGCUGUAAAUAUGGAAGCAACUGCCGGCUUCGUAGAUGAAAGCGAGGAGCGGAGAGGGGUCCGAAUCGUUGGGUCAGAACUAGUAGAGAAUUACACGGUAUAUAUCAUUGAAGUCUAUGUUGGUGUUUAUCAAUGGAAAGUAAAGCAUCGUUACAGUGACUUUUAUGAUCUUCAUGAAAAGCUAACUACAGAGAAUAAAAUAGAUAAAAAUCUGUUGCCUCCUAAAAAGAUUAUUGGAAAGAACUCCAAGAGCCUGGUAGAAAAAAGACAGAAAGACUUGGAGGUUUACCUGCAAACACUUCUUACUAAGUUUCCAUCUGCUGUACCCAAAUCAUUGUCCUAUUUUUUGGAUUUUCAUUUAUAUGAGAUUCAUGGAAUUGCAGCUGUCCUUGCUGAGGAGCUUUUUAAUAAAGGAGAACAGUUGCUCUUAGCUGGAGAAGUAUUUAGUAUUAGACCUCUACAACUAUAUGCUAUAACCCAGCUACUACGACAAGGCAAACCAACAUGUGUUAAUGGAGAUGCUAAAACUGAUCUUGGACACAUACUUGAUUUUACAUGUAGACUCAAAUAUCUAAAGAUAAGUGGAACAAGAGGAUUUGUUGGAACAAGUAAUAUACAAGAACAUUUACUGCCUUAUGAUCUGUCUUUCUUUAAAUCUCUUUGUCAAAUAGAGAUCAGUCAGUGUGAUUCCAAACUCAUCAUGGGUCUUACUUCUAGCAAAAGUACUUUGGCAACAAUGAGUGUUCAGUUUUCAACAUCUUCAAUGAAGGAUAUUUUAGUACCGGAGGCUUAUGAAUUUGACCAGUGGGAGCCAGAAGGCACAUCUUCUGAAUGUCCUAUUACCGCUGUUAUUCCAAAAUGGAAGACUUUGACCACUCUUGAUAUGAGCCACAAUCACAUAUCUGUUAUUGACGAUUCUGUGAAAUUAAUUCCACAGAUAGAAUUCCUUGGUUUGAGUCAUAAUAGUGUAUCUUCAGUUGAGAAUCUACAGCACUUGUACAACCUGAUUCAUUUGGAUCUUUCCUACAACAACCUCUCGUCACUGGACGGUGUCCAUGCAAAGGUCGGAAAUAUAAAGACAUUAAAUAUAUCCGGAAAUGUAUUGUCAAAUCUCAGUGGUCUAAAUAAACUGUAUUCCCUUGUAAACCUGGACUUGAGCAGCAACAAAAUUGACCAGGUAUUGGAGGUGCGUGAUAUUGCGUUUCUAUGCUGCGUACAAGAGCUCUUGUUAAUGGGAGUAAUCCAUCCACUGGCAGCUGUGCCAGAUGUCAGAAGGCGACUGCUACCUCUCUUUCCUUUUGGCUGAAAAGCAUCAUCCAUCUGUCUGGAUAGCACAAAUACAACAGAAAAAGAAUUGGACACAGUUGAAGUGUUGAAGGCAAUUCAGAAAGCUAAAGAGGCAAAGAGCAAAAUGAAUAACUCUGAUAAAAAGAUCAGUGAGGAAUCCCGGCUCACUGCUGCCAGCUCCAAAACCAAAUGUUCUUCUAUUCCUUCAAAUGCUUCCUCUUCUUCUUUAUCUCGGCCUGUUAGCUCCAGCAAAGAUAUAGUAAACACAGUCAGCAAAAUAUCUUCCCAGAAAAGCCACGAAGAUCAACAUAUUGUCCAGGAAAUAAAAGAAUUAAAAAAAGGGGAAGUAAUCACUCUUAAUAGAAAAGUAAAUCAUGGCAACAAAGAUGUAAUGAUGGCCAGCAAGAAGAUAGAAGAAUCUACUAGACUACCCAAUGUUCACAGCAAGGUGUUUCCACUUCCAUGCAUUUCACAUUCUAGUAUCGACCAGGAGUUUAUUCCUUGUCUUUCUGCAUCAAUUUCACAUGCAUAUAAACAGCCACUGCAUCUAGCUGGUGAAGCUGAAAGCCCAAUAAAUCAAGGCAGAGAUUCAGCAGAUCCAGAGGAUGGCUACUUUGUAAUGGGACUUCAUGAAGUAGAUCAGACUAUACCCUCCAGUCCUUCAGAUCUACCACCCACAAACUCUGAAAAUUCAAAUGUAAAUGUAGUUAAAAUUCUGUGGUGCAUCACCAUACAACUUCAAAAAUCCAUUUUUCUUAAGCAGUUUUCUUCGUGCCUUGUGUUAACUGAUAAUUCAAUUGCGUUGUUUGAGAUUCCUGGAGAAGAAGCACAGUUAGGCCAUGCACCUCACCCGUCAUCACUGAAACUAGUCUUAAAUUUUUCUUUUGGUGAUUUAGCAGAAUUUGGAUUUAUCAUUCCAGAUAUGUGUUUAACUCUCAAUGUACGAAGCGGAGAUGAAUGUUUGUUUAUUUUGUCGGACUUGCAAAGCUUGAAAGAGUUUUUUGAUAGUUUACAUCUACAUUUCUCGCAAAGAUGCAAGUCUCUACAAUGCAGUUCAGUGCUCCAUUGUGAUAGAAACAAUUUACAAGAUUUUUUUCAUCAUCUCAUUGGACAACACCAAAUGGAUUUAGAAGACAGUGAAAUAAAAGGUUGUUAUUCAGUCUGUCUAUUUUGGACCGAAGAAAAUAAUGCCAGCAAACCCAAGUGUCAGAAAGAUGGGGAAUCUCUGCCCUCCACAAAUUACACAGCUGCUGAAGUUUUAUCCAGGCAAUAUAGGACUAUUACGCAACACAGUAAAUAUAUUCUGCCUAGUUGGUUAUUUCUAAUGGAAAAUAAUGUGGUAAUCAUAAAAAUAGAUUAUAGUAUGAUUCCAAAGAAGAAUUAUUCAUAUGAGUAUACAAGAAAUGCCUUCACCAUAAACAAGAUUCCACUUGCAUCUGUUAUUUUGCAUCCACUAUCUAGGUCCAUUCAAAAGCAAGAUUUACUCAUAGACAGACAUGUACUUCAAUUAAUUAUGGAUAAUAGGUCCGUGGAUGUCUUCUUUGUUUUACCCAAUGAAAAAUUUACUUUUUUAACUAAAUACAACCAACUCAGAACAUCUUUGAUAGGUGUGAAAAAUGUAGUUCUACUCAAAUCGUUGACAUGCACAGACAGCAUACAAAACCGUGUUCUGGAUACUGAGAAGAGAUUACCACAGAUGACUAGUCCUCAGGUGACAUUAUCUACAGUGUACUCCUCUGAGAGUUUACUUCAAAAAUUAACUGAAGAAAAUCAGAUUCCUUUUCAUCUUCAGGCAUUACCGUCUCUUUAUUUUGUUUCUGAAUUGAAGGGACACCAAAUUGUAGAAUUCUUCCAUAGCAGUGUUGCGGAGGUUGAGAAUGAAGAAUUGAAACACCUAGCUUGGUCAUCUGUCAUAUUUUAUACAGCACCUGACUUGGAAAUGACUUCUUGUAUUUUGCUGUCAACAAAAGCAAUUUACUUCCUGUUGGAUGAUUCUGCUAAACACUUGCAUAAGAAGCCGUUAGAUGACCAGACUCAAAGCAAGGAACAUUCUGAAAGCAGCUCAUUUCACUUCCUCCAUUGUUUUGUAGUAAAGUUCACCAGCCUGCAGUCUGUUAACAUUGGUCUGUUUGAUCAAUAUUUCCGCAUAACAGGAUCAUCUGCAGAUCAUGUUGUGACUUGUCUCACGAGAGAUAGCUAUAGUACUCAUGCCUUUAUACAACAUCUAAUGGCUGUUCUCUCGCUGUUGGCUCGGACACCUUCUCCAGAACCAAAAGAAAAAGACUUCUACUCAGAGUUUGGAACUAAGAAUACAGGAAAAAUGGAAAAUUAUGAGUUCAUUCAUUCAAGCAAGGUCAAAUUCAUUUAUCCAAAUGAAGAGGAAAUUGGAGACCUUACGUUCAUAGUGACUGAAAAAAUGGAUCCUUCAAUCACGUCACAACCUUUGAACAUUUUAUUGUAUUUGUUAGCAUUCCAAGUGAGUUCAGUGGAUGGACCUGCGCAAGAAGCUUUACUUCAACCCAAAACACUCAUUCUGACAAGCUCAGAUUUGUUUCUCUUCAAUGAAGACUACAUUAGUUAUCCACUGCCCGAUUUUGCCAAGGAGCCUCCAAAAAAAGACAAGUACCAGUUAAUGGAUGGGAGGAGAAUUCGAGAUUUAGACAGGGUAUUGAUGGGCUACCAGACUUAUCCUCAGACUCUUACAUUUGUGUUUGAUGAUGUGAACAAUCAAGAUUUGAUGCACCACUUAUCAAUGGAUCACUUUGGCGAAACUAUUAGUGAACAUGAUUCUGCAAAGCCUAGCAAUGGAGGGAGAGAAAUUCUGUGGUAUAUUUUUAUACCAAGCGCCGACUGCAGAGAAAAAUUAAUCUCACUCCUUGCAAGACAGUGGGAGAUUUUGUGUGGUAGGGAGCUACCUUUGGAAAUGACUGGUUAAAUAUAUAUAUAUAUUUAAAAUGAAGAUUUUGCAAUAUCUACUUAUUGUAGUCACUGUUUACCUUCUGGACUUUUGCUGAAUCCAUAGACUGUUACUGAUAUAAUUGUUAACCUGUAUUUGCAGGAUUUCAAUUACGGUAACUUAAAAUACAGAUAUUUGUGUUAAAUGCAUAAUUUGUCUUGCAUCUAUUUCAGAGCAUUAAUAGUACACUACACUUUUUGCCUAUAACUAAUAACUAUUUUUCACAGUAUAAAUAUUUAUUUUUAUUUCCAAUGAAGGUUUAAAUAUUUACACAAAAAUGUGGUUAACUUAGAAUUCACUUUAAUGCUAUUCUUGUACCUACAGUAUUUUAUAUGUUUGCUGCUGAAAGUUGUUUGCAUCAUCUAUGUCCUUCACGUACACUUAAAGGGACAGAAAACUGUAAAUUUUUCUACCAUGUAUAUGAAAAACACUAUUUAUACAUAUUAAAAUAUGUUAAAGCUGUUUAUUUUGAUUUUAAAACACAAAGGUCUGAUGUUCAAUGGCUGACUGACUGAAAAAACACCACUGCUUGAUUUUGGAUAGUGACGCUUCUCAAAAGCAAAAUUAAUUUAAAAAAAUUGUCUCAUUACAAGAACAUCCAUUUUACAAACAAAAACAUACAUUUUAAAAUGCCCAAAUUUAGAUGCAACAACAAAAAAAAUAUGUUUGUGUCCUUUUAAGUGCAUUUUAUUCAUAUUUUUUCGUUUUUGGAUGUUACACUUUUACAAAAAAGUAAAAUAAUGUUACUCUAUAAAAUGUCUUGUCGAGUGCAUAUUAAAGUAGUUUUAUAAAGUUUUAAAAAAUAAAGUGGUAACACACAAAAGAAUAUUUAUCAAAGGACUUGUAUGUAGAAGACUUACCUGGCACCUAUGUUUACACGCACAAUGCACAUGGUCAUCUUCCCAUUUUUUAAAAAACAAAAAAGCACAAAAUAUUGAAUUUUAGUAUGUUAAACAAUUUAAAUUGAACUACAGAUAAAUUAAGUCUAUCUUGUCACUGAAAUCUGCUAUCCAGUUGUAUGAAAUAGUUAUGACAAAGAGAACACAUGUAAAUAACCAAAUAAAAUAAUCUAUGUACAGCA